CAGUCGGUCAGUUGUCUCCUGUGUCAAUCUCUCAGCAAACGACUUUGCUUCAAUCAUGAGACUACUAGCGCUACUUCUCGCUGCGUUCUGCACAGUGCACGCGAUCGGCGUAGAUCCUCGUAUGAUCGAUUGGACGCUGGUUCGUACUCUGCACCAAACUGACGCCGUUCGUGCCAAGCAAGGCCUGCCUCCGCUAACGGACGAUGAGGUCCGCUCCGCACGCAUUGCCGACGGACAGAUUGCUUCUCCAACGCAGUUCCCGUGGGCAGCGGGCGUCCUGAUCUCGGGCUCCUCGGCACACAGCUUCUGCAGUGGUGUGCUGAUCUCGCGUCGACAUGUUCUCACUGCCGCCGUGUGCAUUUCGGGCUCCAACACCCUGACCGUGCUGCUCGGUGCGUCGGAUAUGAAGAGCGUGGAGGAGUUCAUUGGUGUGUCGAACAUACUGUCCCACCCGAACUACAGCUCGUUCUUCAACCGGGACGAUAUUGCGAUUCUUACGCUUGCGCAUGAGGCUCCAAUUCGCGACACGAUCCAGCCGGUUGCACUACCGCGCCGCAGCCAGAUCGGCAAUGACUUUAACAGCUGGGCAGCGACGACGGCCGGCUGGGGUAACUCGGGACGCCGUGACAAUGAGCCCAUCCCGAUCAUGAAUCUGCAGUUCGCCACCGAUGCGGUGACGUCUAACUUCCGCUGCGGGCUGUCGCAUACGUUUAUCCGUGGCACGCACAUCUGUACCGCGACGGACAACGGAGGAGCGUGCAAUGGCGACGAAGGUGGUCCAGUAACGGUUACCGAAAGUGGGCGUACCUUCCUGAUUGGGAUCCAUUCGUUCCACUUCUCAGGGCUGUUUGGAUGUGAUCGUGGCCGGCCAUCGGUGCACACACGCAUCACGGAGUAUCUGGACUGGAUCCAGCAGAACUCGGACGUCGUUGUAGAGCCGUAAGAAACUCUCUUGUUGAACCGUUUGUAAUGAAUGCUACAACCAAAAUAAAGCGUCCCCGCCUGUUAUCAAUCAUA